AUGGACCUUCGAGUGUAUGUUGAUGGUGUUGCGCGCAUCAUCUGUGAUUUGACCCGAACAACUACUGUUCAUGAUAUCAUUAUUGCACUAGCACAAUAUAAAGGUAAAACUGGUCGAUAUUCAUUAAUCGAACGUGCACCUGAUGGUACACAACGAACAUUAUCACCAAAUGAAUUUACACAUGAACUUAUUAAUCAUCCUGAUUGGUCUUAUAUAUUAAGACAAAAUUCAUCAAAUUCAAAUUCAUCAUAUAAUCAAAAACGUUCGAAAAGUUUAGAUGGACGAAAGACACCUGUACAACAACAGUCAAACGUUGAGACACCUUCAGCUGUUACCUCAUCAUCCUCAUCAUCAACAAAUUCAACAUCUGGUCAUUUUCGAACAGUAAAUAAUAAUAAUCAUGUCUUUGCAACAUUAUCAUCGUCAUCAUCAAUAAAAUCUUCAGAAAAAAAGAAACGUUCACAUUUACGUCAUAUAUUUCCAUUAGCUAAUGUAAAUACUAACAAUAAUAAUAAUAAUAAUAUAAAUCCAAAUGAAUAUUCAUCACCAAUAUCAUUUAUUAUUGAACAAAAACGCUCAUCACGUGCACCUAUUCAAAUAAUUGAACAAGAUUUCGGUAUAUUAGAUAAUCAUCAUAUUAAUCGUCGUUCAAGAACAAAAUCUGCUUUACCACCAUCAUCUGUUAAUGAAAAUAGUGCAUUUCAUAUUGUUCAUAAUCCAAUUAAUAAUCAUACAAAUUUACAACAGCAACAACAACAACAACAAUAUAUAGCUUUAUUAAGAAUGCUUAAAUCCCAAGAAAUUCAAGUUGAACAACAACAACAAGAAUUAAUUGAAAAACAAAAAGAAAUUGAUCAUCGAGAAAAAAAUAUUCAUCAAAAAGAUUUUGCGAAUCAAUAUCAUUUACUUAAAGAACAUGAUUAUCGUCUUACAUCAGAAUGUCAAAUGUAUACAGAAGAAUAUUGUGUAAAUGAAUUAGAUAAAGAAUUAGAAAUUGAAAAAAAAUUACAUUUAAAUUAUGAACAUUUACAACAACAAUUAACUCGUUGUUCAACAACAUUAGAACAAAAACGACAAUUACAAGAACAAAUUCAAUUAAAUGUUGAAAAAACACAUGAAGAUAUUGAACAAAUACAAUCAAAUAUUAAUAAUGAUAAAAAGGAUAUAAGUCAAUAUCAACAUGAAUUAGAACGUUCAAAUGCUACACUUAAUCAACAAGAAGAAUUAGCACGUAUAUUAACUCAACGUAAUGAUGAAAUUGAACGAAUUCUUCAACAACGUCGACAACAAAUAAAUGAACUUGAAAGUGAAUUAAUUAAAUUAGAAGAUUCAGUUAUUAAUAGUCUUAUUCAUCCUAAUUAUAAUAUCCGUCCAAAUUCAACUACUCCACAACAUUAUAAUUCAUUACCAUCGACAAAUUCACUAUUAUCAUCAUCAACAGGUACAACCACAGAUGCUCUUAUGCCUAUUCGUCUUCAAUUAGUGAAUAGUACUUUAUGGAAAUUAUGUCCAAGUGGGAUAUGGGUUUAG